AAUUAUUUACGUCGUGAUGGCAGUAUUUCUAGGUUAUGGUAGUGUUUUGCAUUUAGUCAAAACACGAAUCUGUACUCUUUAUCUGCGUCUUAUCCGUCAUGUUUAGCUUAUUUUCAAAUUUUAGAGCGUGUAUUUUUAUGUUUCAUUCCGUAAUAUGCCAGUUAAUUUUACUAGUGUCUCAAAAUGGAAGAAGUUUGUCCGUUUGAUAUCAAGAAACUCCUUCGGUACUUCGCCAAGAAUACUUACAGAGCCAGAGACGCCACUCAGAUGGGCCAAGAUGUCAUGCAAAAAUGUGUUGACUUAAUUGGACGUGAUUAUAGCUAUGUUAUUGUAAACAACCAUGCAGGAGAAUUGAGUGCUCACUACCCAAGUCAGUUAAUUGUAAUUGAGUAUGAACGGCAAAAUGAAUCCAUUUUGAACGAGCGUAUGUCCAGAAGUACCAUUUACGAAAAUGUUUAUGACGCUGCAAAACUCCGUGAUCUUUUUGGGAAAGGAAGGUUUGCCCGUUGUCGCGCAAGAUUUCCUUGCCCUGUCAUAUUCUACAAAGGAAAGCAUAUUUGCAGGUCUGCAACUUUAUCCAGAGGACCUGAAAUCUAUGGUCGAUCUGGCUUAGAUUAUUUCUUUGCUGCAGAGGAAGCAAAUGAUGACGAUGAUGAUAUCAUUGAAAGUAAUGAUGUGGAGGUUGACGCUGGCGAAUGGCAACUUCUAGACAAAGUGCGGAAGCAGGAUAUCAAGCUGUUGAAAACAUUGAAUAUAGGCACUAUUAUAGACUUGAUGGUUGAGAAGAAAAAAGUCAAAUUUGGCUUAAAUGUGACAUCUUCUGAGAAAGUAGACAAGGAAAAAAGAUACUGUGAUUUUAACAUUAUUUCACUUCCAUACCCGGGUUGUGAAUUCUUUAAGGAAUUUCGUUCGAAAAACUAUUCGGCCAAAGGCCUUGUUUUUGAUUGGACACAAACGCAUGUUGAUGCAGAUAUUGAUGUUCCUGAUGACAGCACAGCUAAUAACUUGAAGAUCAGUUGGAGUGACUACAAGGAAUGGGACCUUGUGCAAUUAACGCAGAAUUAUUUGCGACUAAUUUUGCGGUAUGUGUCAGAUAACAAUACCGGAACGCUGGUUCACUGUAUCAGCGGCUGGGAUCGAACUCCACUGUACAUCUCUCUUUUACGACUCUCCCUAUGGGCAGAUGGCGUUAUCCAUCAGUCACUGAAUGCCAAACAAAUACUUUAUCUCACCAUUGCUUACGACUGGUUUCUCUUUGGCCAUAAUCUCCAGGAUCGAUUAUCCAAGGGAGAGGACAUCUUCUUUUUCUGUUUCUAUUUCCUUAAAUAUCUGCAAGCCGAUGAGUUUAGUGUUUUACCCAGGAACAAAGUCAAGCACGGUAGUGUUUCUCGGAAUGAUUCUGACUCCCAGCUGGAAAGCACUGUUUUCGAUUUAGAUGGAUCCAUACAUCAUGGCUCAAAUAUCAGUUUACACAGUUCUUGGAGCUCUAUCAGUAGCCGUAGUCAGGAUAACCCUAUUUUAUUAAAUGCUGAAGACUGCACUGUUCGGAAUGGCUCAGGGACUGCGACCACUGGGAAAUGGCUGAACAGUUUAGAAUCUCAGAACUCAGACAGCUCUAGUCCCUCUCUUUCUAUGCUUGGAAAUACUCCUUCAACUAGCACCUCCAACGCUAGCUCUGGCUCGAGUAAUAGCGCCGAAUCCAACGGAGGUCUGGUCAUCGUCCCAUCGUCCCCCUUCCGUCUAAGCUCCUCCUCGUUGACCUCGCUUCAAAAUUACCCGAUACCAGUGAGCUACCUGAACGGGAACGGUUCCUCGCAUUUGCCAGUCAAUGCCAUUGAGUGUUCACCCGCUUGUAUUCCAAACCCAGCAACCAAAACUCCCAACCCCUCGUUAUGUAACGUACCUGCUUCUAGCAAUAUGAACUCCAGUAGUAUAGGCCCAAUAAAUAAUAUCACCUACCCUAAUUUAUUUAACGCUAGUUAUUCGUCACUGCCAUCGUGUGAGCUGUCGCAGCAUGUGAACGGUUCAAGCGCUUUAACGACAAACUUGAGGCAGCCUGGUAGUCCAAGGAACGAUCUGCCUCGAAGGACGAGUCCCGUAGCGGUGCCUGCUUUUAAUAGCAACGGAAGGCAAAGAACAGAGUCGAGUGGAUCUUUGGGAGUUGGCAGUUGGCAGUUCAUAUCAGGCACGGGAAGUCUGAGAGGAUCAGGAUCAACUAACUCAACAUGCGGUUCUCAACUGAGUUCAAACAACUCGCGAUCAAACCUGUUUGAGGGCAUUACCUCAGAAUCAACAUCAACUAUUGUUGAAGAUGACUGCUUUAUAUAUGGUUCCGAUAUUCCAACACAGAGAAAGGAACGCUUAAAAGCAGUUCGAGUAAUGUUUUAUCAUUAUCACUCAAAAACCAUAGGUUACGGUUGCAGAGAUGGAACAGAAAGUUCAACUCUAGUCGGCAAUAUAAUCGGGAAUUUCGCUGAGAAAGUAGGCAUCAGGAAUUCGCAGCACUCCUCUGUGUAGUCAAACCUCAGGUUCUCUAAAGCCAACCCUAUCUGUAAUUCGUUAUCUGCUCGACCAGAGUGUUUCGAAAUUCUGACCUGUGAAUACAUCGUGACGUUAUCCUUUUUUGUCUUUGUAGCUUUGUAAAUGUUGUCAUGAUUGUUACACACAAAUUUCCAGUUCUCAUGUUGAACAACAGUUGUUGAAAUGUAGGAUUUUUGAAAAACUGUUACAAAGAAUGAUGGGCCUAGUCUUUUUUAAAAGAAGAAAAAAUUUGUUGAGAAAGUGUUUGAACGUUUUCGUCAGAUUUGUAAAUUUUGCUCCAAGUUUAGGCCUCUGUUCAAAUUUUUUUUUUUUUUUUGUCAAAUUUCACAUCUAGAUUAUGUCUUAAAUGUCAAAAUGGUCUUUUCUGACAAGCUCUGAAACAUUUAAACAAAGGAAAAUCAGUUAAUGUGACAAAUUUACAUAAUGAUUGACUAAAAAUGGGACUUUGAAUUACAGCAACUUUAUCAAAACUAAUUUUGUGCGCAAAAAUUGCUGUCGUCCAAAAAGACUAAUUUUUUUUUUUUUUUUUAUUUCUCGUUUGCGGAUAUCAUCAGUAAGGACUAUUUCUUGAUUGCCAGUUGAAGGAGAUGUAUCAAUUAAGGUCGUUUAUGGGCCCACCCUGAAUUUCCUCAGUUCAAUGAUUCUUCGCUCCUUGAAGAUCUAUAUUUUACAGAAUGCAUUAUGAUUUGGUCAUUUUUGGUCUCUUUUUGGAUCUAAUACUGGCCUAAACAUGGAUCUAAAGGCCUGUUUUGACGAAACAUGUGAGUUUUGCAGGUUUCUGAUUAAGUGCCGAAGCAUCCGCAUUUUUCGCCAAAAUUGGCCCUCAGACCCAAACUUAGGUCGAUACUAGUCCUGAAAAAAGACUGAAAAUUACCAAAUUACGAUGCAUUCUGUAAAAUGGAGAGCCUCAGUGAGCAAAAAACUGUAGAGUUGAGGAAAUUUAGGGUGGGCCAAAAAGCGGCUCGUAUUGAUACACCUCAGCGGCAGCUUCUUGCUCAGCUGAGAUUAUCAGUAAGGACUAUUUUUUAGUUAGUCAAACAAAUGUCUGGUUUAUUUUCCGGCAGGAACUUGUCCGUGCUCAAAAUUCUUGAGGUCUUUCAGGCCUCUGAGGAUCAUGAAUUUUCUAUUGGUUAUUAAGUGUAAAAACUAUUCUGUUUAAUUUUACUCUGUCAUUUCUUUGGAGGACAAAUAGAUGUGCAAAAAUGUAACUUUGUUCGCAGUUUCAUCGUCAGAACUGUUGACCGGUUAUUGUGUCCAGAAGAAUCAUUGUGUUCCAAUUCAAGCCAAUCUUAGCAAAUGUUACAAUUUUAAAUAAAUAAAUUAAUUUAUUAAUGCUGAUGUACCAAAGCCAAAGUCAUUGAAAUUAUUUAAAAGAAUUCUCAUAAAAAUAAGUGUCAAGUUCAGGGAUCUAAUUGCAUGGCAAACCCAACAAUUUUAAGAAAUCAAGUCGAUAACUUGAGAAAAUUGAAUUAUUCUUUUUCACAAGAAAGAUUUCUUUCUGUAACAUUAUCUAUUUUUGAGCCUGUUUCCCUGAACUAGAAGAAAACACCAUUUACCAAGAGCUAGUAAGCUGUAAUGGACCACUUCACAGACUGCAAACUCAAGCAAUCUGUGUACCCGCAUCAAAAUUUCAUGCAGAAUACAAUUUGCAAGAUAAAACUUACUGAAAUUAACUUUUAACCAAGAUAUUAACGUUUUUAUUCAGCGCAGGUCACCAAAAAUUUGAAUUUCUGGCUCACAAGAAUAACCAUCGUCGACGUGAAUCAAAUCGCGCAAUACGGUUUCGGCAAGCCUCUUAAUCAGGUAGUGUCCCAUCCCUGCCUUGUGUUGUUCAAAGUGUGAAAACUAAGCAGCAGCUUAGGUAUAGCACUGAGAUUCAGAAAUACAUAUUUUUAUACUGCUGAGACUUACAGGAACGUUUAGUUUGCAAUUUAGAUCAAGUAGAUUAUGUUUUUUUAGGAGUCGCAAGUUUGAAUCGCUGCAUCUAUAAACUUUAAUAACUUGGUUGGGAGUUACUUUCAGUCACUUUUGUUGCACGCUUUGUGUGUGUUCUACGUAAAUGGAGAGAAAACAUUUAUCAUCUUUCUAAAAUAUGCAUUUUGUCUAGUGGUCCAUUUACAUUUUAAAAAUCAUUGCUCUUUGUUCCCCUCCCCCACUCUCUGUCUGCUACGGUUUUAUUUACCUGUUUUACCACUACCCAGUUUAUUCCAAAACUCAUUAUUCAUGUGCAUAUCUAUCUAUUUUAUUUGUUUUACUGUGACCCAAUUUAUUUAUUUAUACAUUACAUUUUUGCCUUGUUUUUAAAUCGGUUAUUUUUUUGGCGUACGAAACUUGAGCUGGGGCGGAUGUUUCAAUACCCACUUAGUUUUGUUCUGACUGGAAUAGCUCAGAAUCAUUGUAUAUUUUUAUAGUUAAAAUGGUAAGAUUUAAAAUAUUUUAAGAUAGUAUCGGAGUUUUUUAACAAUCCAACAAAUCCAGGUUUGUUCACGAGGUUCGAAUUUGUCAUACUUCUAUUUGAUUUUGAGUCAAUCAAGUCCACUUGUGUAGGUAUUUUCCUCUAUAAUUUUUAUUGUACUUGUAUAUCUUACCAGUAAAUAAUUGUAAAAAUAAAUUCCAAUUGAUAACUA